AUGUCAAUAUUGAAGAAAAGACCAAAAACGGACGAGGAGUUAGAACUUGAAAAAACCACAUAUAACAAUGAAUUUACUAAACAAAUUCAAAUCGAAAUUAUAGACACGAAUGAUACCCUAGAAAAUGUUCAUAUUGAUGAAGAUUCCGUAUCGGUCGCUUGGUCCGGGCUCACGUACACAAUUACGAAUAAAAAGACUAAGCAAAAGGAAAAUAUUAUCCAAAAUUGUAGUGGUGUUGUUAAGCCUGGAGAGAUUAUGGCGAUCAUGGGUCCCUCGGGAGCAGGCAAAAGUACUCUAUUGGAUGUUCUGGCCGGGAGAAAGGAUCCUAAAAAUGUUACCGGAACGAUUUAUUUGAACGGGAAAAGUGGCCAGAAUGUAAAAUUCGUAUCGACUUAUGUAAUGCAGGAUGAUGCUUUAAUGGGUUCAUUAACAGUCCGUGAGAAUAUUCAAUUUGCCGCAGACCUCUGCUUCCCAGAGACAGUCUCACUUGCUGAACGUCACCAAAAGGUCACAGAAAUUAUCAAAGAAUUCGGUCUAGAACGUGUAGCUGAUCACAAAGUAGGCAAUAUUAUCAUCCGGGGUAUCUCCGGUGGUGAAAAACGCCGCACUGUAAUCGCCUCGCAAGUUGUCACCCAUCCCAAAAUAAUUUUCCUCGACGAGCCCACGACUGGCCUAGACUCGGCUGCUGCAUACAAUGUCAUGAAGGCCAUCAUAACCACGGCUAAAACGCAUCACUUGACUGUAAUCGCUAGCAUUCAUCAACCGAGUUCAGAAGUGUUUGCUUUAUUCGAUAAAUUGUAUUUGAUAUCACGUGGACAAACUGUAUACCAUGGACCUCGUAAGGCGGCGUUGGAAUAUUUCAAAAACCUCGGACAUGAGUGUCCCGAACAUGCAAAUCCUGCCGAUUUCUAUUUAUCGCGGAUCAAUAUCGACUUUAUGUCUGACAGAGCGACCGGAGAACAGCACAUUGAGAAAUUCAUCACGAGUUAUGAAUCAUCUUCUGCUAAACGUCUAGCAAAGACAGAAGUCGACGCCGUACUGGCCGCAGCCGAGAAAGACGCAACAAACGAUCUAUCAGUUGAUGUGCCACAAGGAUACAACCGAUAUGCCAGAGGAUUCUUUGUCCAGACUUACUUUAUUACAAAACGCACGUUUACCAAUGCUUACAGAAACAUCCUUUUAUACUGGAUUCGCGUAGCAAUGUAUGUCUGUUUGGCACUGUUGAUGGGCACGGUAUGGUGGAAUGUGGGAUUCGAGCAGAAGAAUGUACAAGAUAGAUUCGCGGCCCAUUUCUUUUCGGUUGCAUUUCUUGUAUUCAUGAGUGUCGCCGGUAUUCCUGGAUUUCUCGAAGAGCGAGUAGUAUUUCGCCGUGAGAGAGCCGAUGGAUUCUAUUCGGUCGGUCCAUACGCAUUGGCCAAUUUCGUUGUGUCAGUUCCGUUUGUGUUUAUCAUCGCCUUUACAUUCACUGCAGUUGCGUAUCCAAUGAUUGGACUGCAUGCGGGAUUCGGGCAUUUUAUGUGGUUCCUUACAUAUCUAUACCUUGCGUUGAUGGUUGCCGAGUCGAUGGUUGUUUUCGUGGCUGCAGUCAUCCCGAUAUUCGUAGCAGCAUUGACCAUUGUUGCUUUCCUAAAUGGAUUCUUUAUGGUCGUGCAGGGAUUUUUCGUCAGAAGAGAUUCUAUCCCUCAUGCAUGGAAAUGGGCUCAUUACAUCGAUUAUCAAAAGUACGCCUUUGAAGGUAUAGUCAAAAGUGAUUUUCUUGGAUUGACGUUCGAUUGCGUCAAGAAUGCGGCCACCGAGAAGUGUAACUGUAUGUAUGGAGAUACCAGUGGGAAUUCAUGUGACUUCACCGGUCAGGAUGUGUUGAAUAGCUUUGGAUAUACAGAGAUAAAAUUACCGGCAUGGGCGAUGGCUUUGGUUGGAUUGACUAUAAUAUUCCGUGUUGGAUUCUACGUCGCCCUGCGUCUACGGAAGAGCAGAACUUAG